GCCGCCACCACCUCGGAUAGCCGUUCUGCGCCACUACGCAAGCGCGGACUCAGACUGCGGGGGCCGUGCUCAAGGACCACAACUCCCAGAGUGCUCCGCGCCCUCUCCGCAGCCGCCGCGACCAAGAUGGCUGAGAGAGUCGCAGCCUUCCUCAAGAAUGUCUGGGCCAAGGAACCUGUGCUAGUGGCAUCCUUCGCCAUUGCGGGCCUCGCUGUAAUCGUGCCCACACUCAGCCCCUACACCAAGUACUCGCUCAUGAUCAACCGGGCCACACCGUACAACUACCCAGUGCCCCUCCGAGAUGACGGGAACAUGCCUGAUGUGCCCAGCCACCCCCAGGACCCCCAGGGCCCGAGCCUGGAGUGGCUGAAGAGACUGUGAGCGCCUCCGUUGACAGGGAGCGGCCCCCGCCCCGAUGCCCCAAUAAAUGCAUGAAAACCA